AUAUGUGCAUGUGUCUGUGAGAUCGGUGUAAGGAGCGCUGUGUAAGGAGCAGAUAGCAGGUGAUCCCAAGUCUUUCAACCCUGCAACUGCAAACACUCCACUCUCUCUCUCUGCUUCUUUGCCUUCACAGUCGUUUGGAAUGGCGAAAUCCAGUUCUUCGGUCUGGUUAGCGCCCAUUUCUUCUCUACUGUUCCCACGGGGCGAGACACUCUAUUACUUCCUAGUUCUCCUUUCUGUGCUUUCCCUCCUCGGCCAAGAACUCACUCGCUGCUCCGUCCUUGCCGCUGACUUCGAAGGCUUCGGCGACGAAGGCGAGGAAGAAGAACUCUCUGAUUCCUCUCAUAUUACCGAUCUACCUUUCCGUUCCCCUCUCCCUCCAACCCCCCUCACUCAGUCCGACUUCGAAACCGAUCACGGUCCCCCGGCCGAAUCCCCUGCCAAUCCGUCGCCGCCUUCCGAUCCCACCCCAAAAUCCUCACCCACCGCCCUCGAUUAUUGGGACGAAGACGAAUUUGAGGGUCUCCCGAUCCAAGAACCUACCCAAAUCCCUGCAUCGCCGGAGAACACCACCCCGUCGUCGCCGUUAGAAUCCGAUUCCAAACCGGCGGAGAAGCCAACGCCAACGCCUCGGUCUUACACCAUUGAGAUUGUCUGUGGAAGUUUUCUGAUCACAUUUAUCAUCAAUUACUUCACAGGGAGGAGGGAGAAUGAGAAUAUUGCGUUGGCUUGGGCGGCGAGGUUUGCAACCAAGGAUUCGAUCUUCGAGAAGAACUUUAGCCUUUUGGGGACCGGAGAUGGCAAAGACACGCCAUUGCUGUUGAAAGAAGGGCAGAAUGUGUUUAAAUUUUACGCGAGCGGGAGAAGAUAUUGCCAGGGUUUGUUGGCGACAAUGGAACUGCAGAGUAGGCAUGACUUGAUAUCGAGGAUCUACAAUUUGAUUGUGCCCUGUAAAGAUGAAAUUACAUUCGAGGUUUAUAUGAAUGAUGAUGCUAUGGAUCAAGUGGUUUUUGCGCUUGCGAAGAAGAAGGCUGCUAAGGUGAUGCUGAAGGAGGUUAGGGAUCUCCAGAGGUAUGCGAAUUUGGUUUCUCCACCUACUAACAGAAAAUGGGUUGUGGAGGAUUUGUCUGUUAUCUCCGAGUCGAGGGAAGUGGCUGGGGACCUUAUCACCGAGGCUGUGCUUGAUCAGGUCUUUGGUGAUAAAGCAUGUGAAAAAUUUGGCAAGGGGUUCAUCUCCAUGCAUUUCUCUGAUCAACACCCAAGCACGCAUAGGAAGAUGCUUUUAUUCAAAUUUGCUCUUCCAGACGCUCAUCACAUGGCUGACAUAACACGACUGAUUGCACUUGUACCUUACUACAUUGACUUAAUCGGGCGGUAUAAAGUCAGCUCACAGGUCCGCUCUAAAACAGAAGCAGCCAGGGCAAAAGCCGCCCAAGAGGCAUACAAAGAGCUCAUGAAUGCUAGGCAGGAAGCAUUGCAGAAGAGAAAGGCAGAGAAAAAGAAGAUGAUGGAGGAGGCUGAGGCGAAAUUCGGUGCUGAAGCUCUUCGCAAGAAAGAAGCAAAAGAACGUGCUCGUCAAACGAAGAAAACUAUGCCUAAAGUGAAAAUGACCCGUGCUCAUUAGUCCUCAUGUUGUGCCACUACCAGUGUAAUGCAAAGGCUCAGAAGUUCUCAAUUGAUUCUUUGUUAGGGCUUCGAUAAGUUAUCUGACCCCAAAUCAAAAAUAGCAUUUUAGCCUAAACCUUGACGUUUAAUUGUUGUACGAGAAUGGUACAUUAGCCAGUGCUUAAGGAGAAUGGAAAUGUUGAGUUUAACCCCCA